GACCCGCUUGGUCUCAUGUUAUACAAGUAUUUGAUAUAUAACCAAUGUUUUUUUUUAUUACAACUAUUGGUGGCUCUAAAAGUACGAUAUCCUCAACGAAUUACUAUUUUAAGGGGGAAUCAUGAAAGCCGGCAGGUCGGGAAUUUAGCUGCACCAGUUGCAGAAUGGAUAGUUGGCAGAAUUCCAUUGACUUCACUAAUGGACGUUGAGAUGAGACAUGGAAGAAAUUCCAAACCAAAGAGAUGGGAUGUGGUGACUAAACCAAAAGCGAUUAGAGGGCUUGGGGUGUGUAACUUAAAGUUUCACAAUCUUUCUCUCUUGGCUAAAUGGUGGCGGAGAGCGCUUACCGACAAUAAUGCCCUUUGGAGGAAUGGGAUCUUGGCCAUCCAAAAUAUUUCUCUUCCAGCUCCCAACAGGUUGGCUUCCGGCACAUGUAGUGGAGUUUGGUCCGGCAUUGCAAAAAUUGGAGCAGAUUUUACCAGUUUCCGUAUAGACUUGGAAGCCCAAUUCUCUAGAAAAGUGGGAGUAGGUCACCAAACUCGGUUCUAGAAAGAUGAGUGGUUUGGGAGGAGGACUCUCCAGUCUCUUUUCCCGAGCCUGUAUGCUCUUGAUAAGCAUAAACUUUGCUCGGUUGCACAACGGGUUAAGAUCGAGGAAGGGAAUGUCUCUGGUUUUUUUGUGGAAUUGGAGGAGGAGGCUCGACUUAGACGAGCAGACAGAUGUUUCUGAUCUGUCUGUUAUGCUAGAAAACUUUCCAUAUAUUUCUAGGUCAGACAUAUGGGUUUGGGGGGCUGAUUUGUCCGGUUCUUUCUUUGUUAGCUUUGUGAGAAGGCUGCUGAAUCAACGAAUCUUCCAUGUGGCUGCGACUAAAGACUUCUUCUGGUGUAAGUAGGUUCCUAUCAAGACGGCUUGUUUCAUUUGGAGAUUGGUGCUUGACAAGGUUCCUUUAUCGAGCAACCUUAUCAGGCGAGGGUGCAUCUGGACACAGAUCUCUGUCGAUUCUGCAGUGCCCACACUGAUCUUAGGGAUCAUGUCUUCGUCUAUUGUGAGUACGCUGCAGAAAUUUGGAGACACCUUUCUUGGUGGAGCAGAAGGAAUUUCUACAUGGCUGGGGCAGUUCCAGAUCUACUUAGUAUCGCUGCUGGUUGGAGAGGGAAUAGAGAAUCGCUCAAGCUCGGUUACGCCAUUAUUUUUGCAUCCCUUUGGUUUAUUUGGAUGGCUCGUAACGAGGUGACGUUCAGGGGCAUUAUUCGUUCGAUCGAUGACACAAUGACUCUGAUUGUUUCUCAGCUUUUCUCGUGGGUUAAAAACAGAACCAAACAUCGCUCGAUAGAUUGGAAUACUUGGUGCAGCAGCCCAGAUUCUUGUUUUAUGUAGUCGCAUUGUACUGUGUUUUCUUUCUGAUUUCCUAUUUGUAUCCUUUUCCAGCUACGCGCUGGCCUUUUAUUUCAUUACUUCUUGCUGGUAAAAAAAUCUAGAUGUAGUGAAUGCUUGAUCCAGUUGAAUACAAAUUCUCAUCCAACCUGAUCAGUUGGGCUGGUUCGAUUACGGGUUUGGGUCAAAAUAUGUGGUUUUUUCAGAUAUGCGUCAGGUUGGAUUGACACGGAACACAUUCUACGGUGCCUAUCUGUGUCCCGUAUUACCAGUUUUCACAAACUAUUCAAGAGUUUUCAUUGAAAAGCACUUCCUGUUUCAAGUUGGAACAUUCUUUGCAUCAAAAGAAUAAGGUUUUUAUAUAGUAUUAUGUAAUUAUUAAUGGAUGUUUAUUGAUCUAUUUGUUUAUUAAUGGUUUCCAUGCCGCAAAUAACAACAGAGUUGCUGAAGUUUGGGAUAGAAUACAAAAUCCUCAAAUUACUUAUUUUCCUCCAGGGCAACCACAGAUACAACCAGACAGGGGCGGACCUACACUAUCCGGUGGGUGGGCGGGCGCACCGCUUGGAAAAAAAUAUUAGUGUAAAUUUUAGACAAAAAUCUCGAUCGCACCCCUUGAAACUUCGAUUAAGCCCCUUUAUUGCACCCCAUCCCCUCUAAAUAUUGCAUCAUAAAAAAAUUCCGGUUAGCCGGAGAACACACUUUACGUUUUAUGGUUCUUUUAAACUUCCAUGGAAGAAUG